CGGUUCCCACCCCGCCCCGCCCAAAUGCUCCUCCAAUUCUUCCCCCACCCCUCCCCUCCCAUCCUCUCCCUCCCCGUCGCCACUUCCAGACCCCGCCACCCUCACCCCCGCCUCCCUCCCGUCCGCGCCUCGCCUUCCCCAGAGCCGGAGCUCCUCGCCAAGUCCGCGCUCCGCCGCAUCUCCGACAAGCUCCGCAGCCUCGGAUACCUCGAGACCUCCCCGGAGACCCCCAUUCCAUCCCCGGCCCCGAGCGUCGACGCCCCGUCCCCCGGGGAGAUUUUCGUGCCCACUCCGGCCCAGCUUCCUCGCCACCGCGUCGGCUCCACGCUAGACCCUAGCUGGUCCACUGGCGACGGCGAGGCGGACGCGGCGCGGCGCAGGCAGAGGCGGGGGAGGGAUGCGGCAGCGGCACCGACGCCGCCGUCCGCGGCGGAGCUUACGCUGCCGCGGGAUGAGCUGCGGCGGCUGCAGGGGGUCGGCAUCCGGCUGCGUAAGAGGCUCAAGGUGGGGAAGCCCGGCGUCACAGAGGGGAUCGUGAACGGGAUACACGAGCGAUGGCGCAACGCGGAGCUCGUGAAGAUCAGGUGCGAUGAUAUCUCCGCCAUGAACAUGAGGCGCACCCACGAGGUUCUCGAGAGGAAAACUGGAGGCUUGGUUAUUUGGAGAUCUGGAAGCACCAUCAUACUGUACAGAGGAACCAACUAUAAAUAUCCUUACUUCCAUGACCAGCAAAAGAUGGAUGAUUGUCUCAAGGAUGAAUCAUCAGAGCAGAGCAGUUCUGAUGAUGAUGAUGAUGAUGAUGAUGAUGAAGAUCUUGGUUUUUUAUCUGUGGAACAAUGUAGUAGUGAAGAGGAUGGUAAGAAUGAUACAAAAGAUAGUAUUCAUUACAAAGAUGAGGCUGUCGAAAAUGUUGCCAUAGUAUAUGGAGAACAGAGGAGUAUAGGAGAGGAACAUGAGAAUCAUGAUAUAUUAUCUAUGGGGCAGAGUGUGGCCAGAAAGGAUGACGCAAAUUAUCCCAUGAUAUCCUCUAAAGCGCCUGCUGUUGAUACACAGGAGGGUAGAUCAGCAGUGGAAAUUAAUAGUGGAGCUGCAAACAAACAGCAUGCAAGAUUUCAUAUAGGCACAAAUGUAAAUCCCCCUAGUGUGGUCAGACCUUUAGCUAGGUCUACCUUAGUUACUGGUGUUGGUUCUCCUAAUAAGUUCCGAUUACAGUUGCCUGGGGAGGUCAAGCUUGCGAAGGACGGUGACAAAUUAUUAGAUGGGCUGGGUCCACGGUUUUCUGAAUGGUGGGGGUAUGAUCCCAUUCCAGUGGAUGCUGAUUUGUUGCCAGCUAUCGUUCCUGGAUUCCGUAGGCCUUUCCGUCUUCUUCCUUCAGGUGUACCACCCAAGCUAACAGAUAGAGAAAUGACUAUCCUUAGGAGGCUAGCUCGUCCUUUACCCUACCACUAUGCACUUGGAAGAAGCAGUAACCUUCAAGGAUUGGCUGCAUCCAUGAUCAAGUUAUGGGAAAGGUGUGAGGUAGCGAAGAUUGCGAUGAAGAGAGGUCUCUGCAUUGAUAGUGAGCUCGUCUCCGAGGAAUUAAAGGGCUUGACUGGUGGGACCCUUUUAUCAAGGGACAACGAGUCAAUUGUACUAUACAGAGGAAAAGACUUCCUCCCCCCAGCUGUCUCUCUUGCAAUAGAAAAACGCAGAAAGCAUGACAAUUCCAUGAUCAAUAAGCCCAAGCCUGAAAUUGAAGAAAGCAUACCUACUCAAGAUGCUUCUGAACUGAAGAUGGCAAAUGAUGCCUCGGUACAUGGGCAUGAAUGUCAUGAAGAAAAACAUGAAGGCGAAACUUCUGUUACAGAUUAUAGAACUGAAUCUCUAAAUACAGUUGCCCAGAACAUGGAAACCAGAUUAUCUCAGGCUAUAGCAGAGAAAAAGAAGGCUGAAAAACUUCUUGAGGAGCUAGAAAAGGCAUCUCGGCCUUCAAAAGCUGAAACAAGAGAGACCAUCUCAGAAGAGGAGAGGUACAUGUUGAGGAAAGUUGGUUUGCAGAUGAAGCCAUUUCUGCUGUUAGGAAGGAGAGGAGUUUUUGAUGGAACAAUUGAAAAUAUGCACCUUCAUUGGAAGUAUCGAGAACUUGUCAAAAUUAUGUGUAAAGAACACAGCAUGGAAGAUGUUACAUAUGCUGCUCGAACACUAGAAGCUGAGAGUGGUGGUAUUUUGGUGGCAGUGGAGAGAGUGAGCAAAGGACAUGCAAUUAUAAUGUAUCGAGGGAAGAACUACCAGAGGCCGUCAGCUCUCAGGCCAAAAUCUUUGUUGAAUAAAAAAGAUGCUCUGAAUCGUUCUGUAGAGCUUCAGCGCCACAAGUCCUUGAAGCUUCACGUGCUUAAUCUAUCAAAGAACAUCGACUACUUGAGGGGUCAGAUGCAAAUGGAGGGUCAUGCAGUGGUUUCGUCUGAUCAGAUGAACUCAGGCCAUGAAAACAAAGGCAUACAUGAUCUCUGUGACAACUCUGGAACAUUAGGGGAGACAAGCAAAGAAGUGCCUGAAGUUGCUCCCGAGUGUUUUGAGCCAGAGAGCGAAGAGUGCAGUUCAGGUGGAACAAAUAGAAUCUUGAAUACAACCAAGUCUGGAGUUCCUUUAGAUGAUACACAGAACAAGUUAUGUUUGAACGAGCUUAUAGAUGAUUCCUCUGAGGCUUCGAGGCCAUGCCUGAAUGAGAAUUCAAGUUCUGCUUCAUCAGAUAAUCAGAUCGAAUAUCAAAAUCGGCUGAGCUUUCCUGUAGAAUGCCAUUCAGACAGUGGUAGCGAAGAGGAUUCCAAAGUCUUCAAAACCCUUAGCCCUUCCCAGGCACUGGAUGAGCCAAUAUUGGACCAGACAUAUACUCCUCACUUGCCUUCCAAAGCUGCACCUCUAUCAAAUCGGGAGAGACUUGUGCUAAGGAAGCAAGCUCUGCAGACGAAGAAACGUCCAGUACUUGCCAUUGGGAGGAAUAAUGUCAUCACCGGAGUUGCAAAAACAAUACGGACACACUUCAAAAAGCAUCCUCUUGCUAUUGUGAAUAUCAAGAACCGAGCAGAUGGAACUCCAGUUCAACAGCUGAUAUCAGAACUAGAGGAGGCGACAGGAUCGGUUCUCGUGUCACGAGAACCAAACAAAGUGAUUUUGUACAGAGGCUGGGGAGCGGACGUGACCCAGACAAGUUCCAGGGAGGACGGCACAAAUGAGGGCGAAAAGGAGGUGAUAUCACCACAGCUCCUUGAAGCCAUUAGAUUAGAAUGUGGACUGCACCCAGGUGAAUCACAAUAGCUGGAUCCUAGACAGCCUCCUAGUUUUUUGGGAAGAUGAUCCUCCUAUGUUGUGGAAAUACAGACGACAUUGAUUCAGUGUAUUCUCAUCCUCCUACUUGUAAAUUUUGUACGUAUGUCUGAGAAGCCUUUUGAAUGAACUUCGCCAUUAACCAGAA